AUGUCACGAGUGAAGGCAUUAUUAUAUCCAACCAUCUUCAUCUCGUCCACUCUGUAUGGAGCUUCUUGUUUUAUAUUUGAUAGAUAUUGGUUUGGAUGUGUGAAUGGAGCCUCUAUGAAACCAACACUCAAUUCGGAGUGGGGUCUUACAGGUCCAGCCUCAUCCCGAAAAUCAUCGUCGAGUCGGGAUUGGAUUUUAAUUAAACGGGUCAAGGACCAUAAGAACGAACUCGACAUCAAUGAUAUUGUUGUAUUUAUUUCUCCCGAGGAGCCAAGAACAACGGCAAUUAAGAGAGUGAAAGCUCUUCCUGGACAAGUGUAUCAGCCUUCGAGAAGAGAUGCUGAUGGGCAUGUACCAACUGGGAAGUACAUUCCGAAAGGCCAUGUGUGGGUAGAAGGUGAUAAUGCUGUGUCGAGCGUCGAUUCUAACAUGUAUGGACCAAUUCCAAUGGGUUUAAUUCGGGGAAAGGCUGUUUGUGUGAUUUUUCCAAAAUUCAAAUGGUUGUAA